GGCCGCUACACACCACUGAGUUCAGUCACCUAGGACUGUGUCCAAAACUAAUUCAGACCGAAAGGAUGACAGAAUUAUAUCUUCUGCCGCUUAAGAGAGAUUUCUAAACGUUCUUUUAAUUAAUAAUAUAUACUAAACUAACCACUGUGAAGUUUACUGGCAUACAGCUCAUUUUGGAUUUGUACAGCAGUUCUCAGAAUGGCGGGAGCUCUGAGAAUGGACGGAAAUCAGUACGGCAUGAAAAAUUUUGACAACGGGUUUGAUAUGGACAUCUCCUAUCAUCAGUUAAUGUCCACGUUCGAUAUUAAAAGUGAACCCUGCAUUCCAGAAACAGUUCAUGGACCUUACUUACAGAUAAUUGAGGAGCCCAAACAAAGAGGCUUCCGGUUUCGUUAUGAAUGUGAGGGUCCAUCUCAUGGGGGUCUACCAGGCGCAUCCAGUGAGAGGAACAGGCGGACAUAUCCCACUGUUAAGGUGUUUAACUAUGUGGGUCAUGCUCGCGUCGAGGUGCAGCUCGUGACACACACCGAGCCGCCUCGUGUCCAUGCACACAGCCUUGUUGGAAAACAGUGCAACGAGAACGGAACGUGCAGCAUAGACGUGGGUCCUAAUGACCUCACAGCACAGUUCAGCAAUUUGGGUAUUCUUCAUGUCACUAAAAGAGGAGUGGUGGAUGUUCUGACAAAGAGACUGAAAGAAGAGAAAAAGAGAGCGAAGCAGCCUGGAUACCAUUUUAGCGAUACAGAAGAGCAGGCUAUUGUGCGAGAAGCAAAAGAGCUGGGCAAGAGCAUGGACCUUAAUAUAGUGAGGUUAAAGUUUACAGCUUACCUUAAGGACAGCAACGGAGCAUUCACCAGAGCUUUGAAACCAGUCGUGUCCAACCCCAUCUACGACAGCAAAUCUCCCAAUGCGUCCAAUCUCAAGAUCUCACGCAUGGACAAGACUUGUGGCUCGGUGAUGGGAGGGGAUGAGAUCUUCCUUCUGUGCGACAAAGUUCAAAAAGAUGAUAUUGAGAUUCGUUUCUAUGAGGAGGAUGAUGAGGGAGGCUGGGAAGCAUACGGUGAUUUCUCUCCCACUGAUGUACACAAACAGUAUGCCAUUGUCUUUAAAACGCCACCAUAUCACAAAGAGAUCGAGCGACCUGUCACUGUCUUUCUGCAACUCAAGAGGAAGAAGGGUGGGGACUGCAGUGAACCCAAACAGUUUACCUACGUUCCACAAUAUCCAGAUAAAGAGGAGGUUCAGCGGAAGAGGAUGAAGGCUCUUCCACAACCCUAUGACCACUGGCGGGGACCACAGGGUGGAGCAGGGGGCCUGGGCAGAGGAGCUGGGGGCUUUGGAGGUCCUGGAGGAGGUGGAGGAGGAGGAUUAUUGGGAGCAGGAUUUCAGUUUAAUAAUGUGGAUGGGACGGGCUACUACGGUGGCAGCUGUGGUGGAUUUUCAGGAGGAACGCAGAUGGCAGGAUCUGCACCACAUCCGGAUAAUGCCCAGGAAAAACAGCAGCAACAGCAAGAGAUGCCCACCAGCUUAGCUGCACAGCAACAACUCGUUCAGAUUGCCUCGGCUCUACAGAAGCACUCCACCGCAGCAGCCAAGCUCAGUGCAAAGGCCCUGUUGGAUUACUGCAGCACAGGGGACGUACGCUUCCUCCUGGCCAUGCAGAGACAACUUUGUGGAGUACAGGAUGAGAACGGAGACACCCCAUUACACUUGGCCAUUAUCCACCAGCAGCCAGAAGUGGCCACAAAGCUUAUUCAGACUAUCAUAAAGACUCCUCAAUUCAAAUUCAUCAACAAGUUCAACCACCUCAACCAGACCCCGCUGCAUUUGGCCGUGAUCACCCAGCAGCCCAAGCUGGUUGAGAUCUUGCUAAGAGUAGGAGCAGACCCUACCUUACUGGACAGCGACGGACGGACAGCAGUGCAUCUGGCUGCUCAUGCCGGAGACGAGGCCGUCCUGAGAGUUUUGCUAAACAUGCUAGAAGAGCGCCAUUCUCAUCUGCUUAACACCGCUGACUUCUCAGGUCUGUACCCACUGCACCUGGCUGUGAGAAAAGGAGGCGAGCGCUGCCUGCGUGUGCUGGUGGAGGCCGGGGCCAAGAUCAACAUGCCCGAACAGAAGAGCGGUUGCACAGCGCUACACCUGGCUGUUAAGGAGAACCUUUUCAAAGUGGUCUGCAGUCUCAUUACUGAGCUGAAGGCUGACAUUAACGCAUGUACGUUUGGAGGAAACAGUCCACUGCAUCUGGCUGCCAGUCUCGGCUCUCCACCCCUCUGCUCCAUGCUUAUAGCAGCAGGCGCAGAUAAACAACUGGAGAAUGAUGAGCCACUCUUCUGCUACUCCUCCUCCUCUGAUGAGGAAGAUCAGGGUGAAAGGAGAGACGAUGGAGAAGGACCAGUCGAGAAGGACAUAGCUGAGCAUGUACAAGAACUGUCAAUAUCAUCUGAGAGAAGUCGAGUCAACCCACGCAAGAGACCAGCAGUUGGACACACUCCUUUUGACCUGGCCAACUGUCAGAAGGUUAAAGAUCUGUUGGAUAGUACAAAGCCAAAUCACCUUUCAUCCAAGAAGACAAAAAAGAGCACUGAAGAAGUGAGCCAGUCUCUGGACAAUGAAACAGUCAAUAAGCUGUGUGGAAUCCUCAACAAAUGCCAAGUGCCAUGGAAAGAGCUGGCAGAGAAACUGGGCAUGCUCACCCUGGCACACUUGUACACAGACAGCCCCUCCCCCUGCCAGAACCUUCUAGAAAACUACCAGUUAAGUGGUGGUCCAAUAGAGGGGCUGGUGGAUGCGUUGCAGUCUCUUGGUCUGAAAGAAGGGGUCCAACUUCUGAGAGCCAGGCAGCCCAGUGAGGACAAGCAGAGCGCAGACACAACAGUGGACAGCGGCUUUGGCAGUCAGGAAGCAGACACUUCAGCUGUGGAUAAUGACUGUGAAACAAACUGAUUCUAUUUGAUGCUUUAUCAGCAACCAAAUGGACACCUCACAGUGAAGAAUUGGCAACCCAAUUCUGUUGCGAGAGACUCAGAACGAACGUGAUGCUAUGAUUGGUGCUCUAAACGCCCCCUGUAGUGUAUUCACAGUUUGUGGAAGUUAUAAGAAUAAGAUACUGAGAUAUUAGUCGUCUUCAAUAUUCCGGAUGUAACAUUUGCAGUGUCCCUGGUACCCUAGUUUCCAAUUCUGUUUCCAAAUAUGUUCUAAUGUAUUCGUUUAUAAUGUGUUGUAUGCAAACAGUUGUUUUGUUUUCUUUGGGCAAUUUCUUAUGGUUUAGUGUAUUACUAAUACUGUGUAUUUAUAUGAGGUAUGUUUUUCAGCUGUAUGCCUGUGCAAUAGAGCCAUGCUUGAAUGUGUUUUUUAUACAUUGCACAUCUAAGUGUUUGCUUUCUGGCCAUCAUUGAAUUUUAUUUUAAAAAAUAAAUGUUUAAUUUAGCCUGUU